AAACAUAACUUAUUUAAAUGGUUUUGUGUAAAUGUGAGCUCUUAAAAACAUAAGAAAUUUUGGUUGUGAUAAGUAAGUAAAAUAAGAAAAUACUACUUAAUUACAUAAAAGAUUAAUUGGGUGAUAUUUGGGUGGAAUUAAAUUGGAAUUGGGUGUAAAUAAAGAAAUUAUUGAAAAACUGUUAUUAAUAUGAGAUAAAUGUGUAAAUAAGUAGUUUUACAAAGUAGAAGUUAAAUGUUCACAUGGACAGAAUAAGAAUACAUAUUGGGACCAUAAUGUACAGUACUAAUAUUAGUGACACUGAGUUUGUGAGGUGAAUAGAAAUUAAUGUCUCUGUGUUUACUUCAAUGGAUGGAUGGUUUUAGAUACCAUAACUGGUGUCUGGCACAAGAUCAGAUCUGCAGUAAUCUCAGCCCAAUCACUGCUGGUCAAAGCCACAGACCACAAAAGCUCAAGCUUUGGUGAUUUCAAUAGGGAGUUUUGCUAUCUAAAUAAGAUAGUAACUAGGAAGCAUUUUAGGUUCCAUUUUGUAGAGGAGCACUGAUUACUGUAAAACUUUAAACUGUCCUCUAUGUCGUAAAAUUGUAAAUUUGUUAUAUAUAUUUGAUGCACAGAAAAACUGGUUUCUUGUCCUUUGGACUUUAGCGCUACUUGGAAAAAUGAAGUACGACAGAGUGCAACGCCGUCUGCUUGUGAGGAAAAGGCAGAUAGCAGCCUAAUAGGAGCAUAUCAAUAUUAGUAAAAAUAGACUUUUUCUCUUAUCUGUGGCCUCUUUUUUAUUGAUUUUCUUUCCUGAUUGACCUUUGCAAAAAAUAUGCAGUUACCAAAGUAGCUCCACUACUUUUACUCUGUAAUCCUCUGGCUCUAUUGGCCUAUGCCUUAUGCCAUUUAUCAUUUAAGUCUACACCUAGUAGAAUCCUAUUUAUUCGUCUAUAGUAGACCACUUUUUAAUAUCUUUACUCAGUUGUAAAAAGUAAGUAGUUCGAUUCUAUUUUGAAACCCGAUUCUCUCCACUUCCGCUGGCGCGCUGUUUUCGUCUGACCCCACUUCCUUUUGCGCUGCCCGUGAUCCGUUGCUCUGGAUCCAUUGAGCAGCCUGGCCCGGGCCAACGCGGAGCGUAAACGGCCGUUCGAUCGGUCUUCCUUCGCUGUCAGACACCUUGAAAACGACCAUUGUCGUAUUCCGCCCCAAUCGAGCAGCUGCUGCUGCGUCCCCGCGUUACACUUAAAGCCGUGCCUCGGAGCCAUUGAUUGAAUGACACGUUUGCGGACCGACAGACAAACGGGCGCCAGCGGUACCGCAGCCUUGCGUCAAGCCAGCUAGGGCUAAACCGUGUAACGACAAGUCAGCAAGAAAGACGGGCACCAGCCACGUUCGCUCGCUCGCUCGCUCGCUCGGUCGCCAGCCAGCCGGCGGCACGGGUAUUUUUGGCACGGGCGCCGUCGUACGCAUGCUCCUCUAGUCGGCACCGCGGCGCCACCUGAACCCGCCUCGCGCACAGGUAAAGCUGGGCGAAUUUCGCUCCGUUGCGUAACGACGUGCUGAACCGAACGGGGGGCCUUUAUAACUAACACAUGACGCCCUGCUGAAAACAUGGAUCUGAAUUUUUAUUCGGACUUAACGGACGGCACCGGGCAGCACGGCGGCGAUCCAGAGUUCUUGGAUCCGCAGUCCUUCAACGGGUUCGACUCUGACAACAAGUUCCCUGGAGGCAGUGACAACUACCUGACUAUUACUGGGUCCAGCCAUCCCUUCCUCUCGUCUUCAGAGACCUUCCACACUCCCAGCCUUGGAGAUGAGGAGUUUGAAAUCCCUCCCAUCUCUCUGGAUCCAGACUCGGCCCUCACCGUGUCGGACGUUGUGUCCCAUUUUGGGGAGCUGUCGGACACGGGGCACUCCGACAGCGUGGUGGUACCUAGGAACUCUGUGGUGGAAGGGAAUGACCCCUCCUUCGCCUCCCCUUUCGUCACCACCCCCUCGCAGGGGUUGGAGCACCUGAGUCUGGGAGUCAUGAACACGUCGGGGGGGAGUACGCUGCUGGCAUCAUCGCUGGGAAUGGAUCUCGGCCAUCCCAUCAGCUCUCAGUUCAGCAGCUCCUCCCCGGUGACCAUCGACGUCCCGCUGGGUGACAUGGGUCAGGGUUUGCUGGGGUCCAACCAGCUGACCACUAUCGACCAGUCAGAGCUCAGCACCCAACUGGGGCUUGGCCUCGGCGGCGGGAACAUGCUGCAGCGCCCUCCGUCGCCCGAGCACCCUCUGUCGGCCACGGCGUCGCCCACCAGCUCGCUCCAGGACGACGACAUGGAUGAUUUUAGAAGGAGUGUCCUAGUUGAAUCUCCAGUUUCUCUGGCUGUCUCUCCUGGAGUCAUCUCCCUCGACACAUCCCUGCCCGACUCCCCGAUCUCCACCCAGUCGUCCAGUGUCUCACCAGCUAUUGGGAGGAAAGGAGGAGCAGGAGGAGGGAAGAAGGCGAAGAAGAAGAGAGACCCCAACGAGCCUCAAAAGCCUGUGUCGGCCUAUGCUUUGUUCUUCAGGGAUACACAGGCAGCUAUUAAGGGACAGAAUCCCAACGCUACAUUCGGAGAGGUUUCUAAGAUUGUGGCCUCCAUGUGGGACAGUCUUGGGGAAGAGCAGAAACAGGUUUAUAAAAGGAAAAAUGAAGCAGCAAAGAAGGACUACUUGAAAGCGUUGGCGGAGUACAGAGCCAGCCAGGUUUCUGAGGGCCCUAUUGAAGUCAUGGAUACUGCCCCGUCGCCUCCACCCCCAGCUCCCGCUCCCACUAUCACAGCCACUCCCACCAUCCCAGCUGCUCGCCCCACCAGAUCCCAGCACUACAACCCUGAGGAGAACACCAUCACCAACAUCUGUACCUCCAACAUCAUCCUGGACCUGCCUCAAGUCACCACUCGUUCCCGCACUGGCGCCAUCAAACCCCAGCCUCUGCCCCCGGCCACCCCUCCGAACCCCCCCACCGUCACCAAGAUCAUCAUUAAGCACACGCAGCUGCCCUCUGGUGCCGUGUCCAUCACAGCGACGCCCGCCACCUCGCCGCGGCAGCCGCCGCCCCUGCAGCAGAUGCAGAGCACGCCGCCCCCACCUCGACUGCAGCAGAUGGUCCAUGCCCAGGCUCCUCCACCCCUGCAGGCCAAGCCUCGAGGCGGAGGUGCUGCUGCCGCCACGGCGCCGCCUCCGCUGCAGAUCAAAGUUGUCCCGUCUUCGCGGCAGUCGGAUUCAAGCGCACCGGUGAUUGUAACGAUGGGUGAAAAGCCUUCACUUGUUUCCUCAUCUUCUGGUGUGACAUUGGGAGUUGGAGAGGCCGCUGCCGUGGGCGGAGGAGAGGAGGUGGAGGAAGGGAUGGAGGUAGAGGUAAAUGUGACCCCCGGCCCGAGUGUGACCCCAUCGGCCAGUCCGAACAUCUGCAUGCGUGCCGGCUGCAACAACCCUGCUGUGGAGAGCAAAGACUGGGACAAGGAGUACUGUAGUAAUGAGUGUGUCGCCACACACUGCAGGGACGUGUUCAUGGCCUGGUGUGCAAUCAGAGGACAAAACUCCACCACUGUCACAUAGGACAGAAGACACAAGUGCUACACACAGAGGAACGGGCAAAGACAAAAGAUGAAAUGCACAUGAAUAAAUGAACGAAUGGAUGAAUGAUGGCCAGAUGGGGCUCAGGUAUCGGCACGUAACGAUUAGUUUCAUCAGUUCGUGUUGGAUGGACGGACGGUCAAGAAAGCUCACUAUGAAAUACUCCUUGCUGUGACUGUGUGAUCUUGUACAAAUGGUUCUCCAGCAGAAUCAAAUCCAUACUUAUUUCCAAAAAAUUCCAAAUAAUAAUGAAAAAACGAAACGAAAAAAAUAACGAAAAAAACUCUUAAGAAACCAGAGACUCGAUACUGCUCCAUGAUUUUCCUGUUGAUCAUGUAUUGUAAGUUAAAAAUAUGGAGUUGAUAAAAGUAGACAUUUUUUAUGAACUUUUGGUGGUUUUUUUAUUAUUUUGAAAAGGUAGAGAAAGUUCAGGAACUAAAGUUGCGCUUAUUAAUUUUGAACAUUGACCUCAUUCAUGUAUGAGCUUCCUUAACUGUUACAUUGAGGAUUGUUGGAUGAGCGUGAGGGUUUUUUUUUUUAAUUGUUCUUCAGUGCAGUGUGUGGGGGCUUCAGCAUCGACAGGCCGGUAGCUAUUCCAGAGCUUUACAUGACCAACAACCUGGCAAAGCACAAAUUGUCUUAAAGCUGGUAUGGAGUUGUGCGAGAGGGUAGAAUUUUACCACCAGAUCUACACCAGCCAAAUGUGGGUUGUCGCCUCUAAAAGCUACUUUGUGGGGGAAGUAACUUGUAAUCAUUUAAAGAGUUAACAAAGCUCAAAAACAGGUGCUACAAUUCAGGAAGAAAUCUCUGUAAUGUUCUGUUCUCUGCUGAGAUACCUGCAACAUAAGCUUUUAAACAUGUGACACAUUGGAACAUUUGUUGUAGGCGAAAAAACUAUUGGAAUGAAAUAAACACACCAGCUCAGACAACACUAUUUACUGGAAAGGGAAUUUGGUAGAAAAGCUCUCCUUUUCGCCACAGCAGUGUGUAACUUAAGCUUCAGCUCUGUUAUUAAUCAAGAGGCAUGGUCACGUCAUUUCCCAGCGAUGCAGUUCUCGUUGUAGACAUCCUGGAAAUGUUUUUAAUGGUGGAAUAAAGUAUUUUAUGUUUUAUUA